GCCAAACGGGCUGACUUAGGUGUGGAGCAGGUUUUUCUGUCGUGCCCCGCCAUUUUCAACUUUCUUUGCAAUUUAUCACCAAAAGUGCUUUUACACAACGAAUUGAGCCACGAACUCAAGAUCUGAGGCCAGACAACAACCGAAUAUCGACUCGAGACAGCUUCUGUAACCGCAACCGCAAUCAUGGCGACCACGGUGGACAAGAUCAAAGAUAUUGAGGCCGAAAUGGCCAAAACCCAGAAGAACAAGGCGACUUCUUACCAUUUGGGUCAGCUUAAGGCCAAGCUGGCCAAGCUCAAGCGCGAACUGUUGACUCCCAGUGGCGGAGGUGGUGGCGGAGGUGCUGGUUUCGAUGUGGCCAGAACAGGCGUAGCCAGUAUUGGCUUCAUCGGCUUCCCUUCAGUGGGCAAGAGUACGCUCAUGAGCAGACUCACAGGCCAACACUCGGAGGCUGCCGCCUACGAAUUCACCACCUUGACCUCUGUGCCUGGUCAAGUUGUCUAUAAUGGUGCCCCCUUGCAGAUUAUUGACCUUCCUGGUAUCAUUGAGGGUGCCAAGGAUGGUCGAGGUCGAGGUCGACAAGUCAUCGCCGUCGCUAAGACAUGCCAUUUGAUCUUCAUUGUGCUGGAUGUCAACAAGCCUCUGACGGAUAAGCGGGUGAUUGAGGCGGAACUCGAGGGUUUCGGAAUCCGCAUCAAUAAGGAACCCCCCAACAUCACCUUCAGGAAGAAGGACAAGGGUGGCCUCAAUAUCACCAGCACUGUACCCCUGACACAUAUCGACCACGGCGAGAUUAAGGCUGUCAUGAGCGAAUAUCGCAUCAAUUCUGCGGACAUUACAAUCCGGUGUGACGCUACCGUUGAUGACCUGAUCGACGUUCUUGAAGCAAAGAGCAGAAGUUAUAUCCCAGUUGUCUACUGCCUGAACAAGAUUGAUUCCAUCAGCAUUGAGGAGCUUGACCUUCUCUAUCGAAUUCCCAAUGCUGUCCCCAUCAGUUCCGAGCAUGGAUGGAACAUUGAUGAGCUGAUGGAGGCCAUGUGGGACAAGCUAAACCUUGUCCGCGUGUACACAAAGCCCAAGGGCAAGCAGCCUGAUUACUCUCAGCCUGUCGUGCUCCGAUCUACGCGCUGCACUGUUGAAGAUUUCUGUAACGCCAUUCACCGAAGCAUUACGGAGGUGUUCAAGACGGCCAUCGUUUAUGGCAAGUCAGUCAAGCAUCAGCCUCAACGCGUGGGCCUGGCUCACGAACUGUGUGAUGAGGAUGUUGUAACUAUUGUCAAGCGAUGAAGAGAAACCUUGGAGAGAUUGAAGGGGAUGAUCCCGCGGCAACGCCAGAGGGUUGGGGAGCGAGCGAGACAUUGCCAGAUAGCUUGGACCGCCGCUUCGCAUCAGACUGUUACUGCAGCCAUGCCAGCCAGCCACCAGUUUGCGACUCUGAUUUAGCUUCGAGUGGCUGACGGAGAGAGAGAGAGAGAGAGAGAGAGAGAAAACUUCACAGACCAGGGGAGCCCUGAGUGGGAUGGAUGGGAUGCUGAAUACUACUACGACAACAAUAGCACCAGCAGCACAAAUGUUCAACAUGAACAGGGCUGACGAUGGAUGCACGGCUACGAGCACGUCUGGUUGACAAGAAGCAUCGACUUGGCUCGACCAGGCACGAUAAUGAUCGGCACAAUAGUUUCCGGGGGAAGUCAGAAGUGGCGUGCACACUUAUAUGGUAGGCUGAUGGGUCUAGAGCAGGGGAGAGAAAUUUUGGGUCAACGGCAGACGACGAUGAACAAGGAAGGGCGAGAUUUAAGAUGAAGAUGGAGAGCAACACGGAACGGAGUAACUACGGAUGUGGAUUUUAUACGAAAGCCUAUGUCCGGGUUAGUUUUCCGGGAUAAAAGAAAAAGCAACGUUGGGUAUCACGCAAGCAGAAGUAAGCCUAGCAGUUACUAUUGUUGGCUAUCCAGUACACAAGGAGUUGCAAUCAGUUUGCUCGAAAGAUGAAACAAAAUGAAUGAUUAUCGACGAUAAAAGUGCAGUCAGUCAUCAUCAAUUAAUGGAUAGUUACAACAACUUGGCGGGUUGCCAUUCAUCCCGGCGGCUGAAAUGCACAAAGGCUUGACCGAGCGGAGAUAUUUCCAAUAACAAACCCAAGCAAGGUUUAUGAUACCGAUUGUCGUUACAUGAGAGAGCUGACAGAUAAUAAAUCAGCACUGCUCCUGGGGGCGAGACUCAGCCGAAUUGAAAGCUAUUGCUACAGCAGCAACAGGUCAAUUGACGGGUAUAGUUGCGGUAACGGUGACAUUCAAAUGGACGAAACGCCACCAUCUGAUGUCAACGAGCAGAAGCAGAGCGGGAAUGGGAUGCAGUUGGGAGUGGUUCGACCUGCAUAGCCGAGGGCCUCUUGAUCUGCGGCCGGAUUGCCCAGCAGAUGCGUGGGAUAUGCAGCUGCAGCUGCAGCUACUGUACAGACGCAGACGCAGGGGUUUGAGGCCUACGAAUCAGGUUAUGCGUAGAUUCUUCCACGGCGCUUAAAGUCGAGAGGUGGGACGAGACAGAGAGAAAAAGAGUAAAAAAAGAGCGGUUGACUUUUAGGGCAUUUCUAGGAGAUUGUUCAACUUUAUCGAGACAAGUGAAACAGACCAUCAGUUGCCAAGGCGAUUAGCUGUACCUGAACCAGCCAAGGUAAGGUACCUAGUAUCUACUAAAGGCGAAAGGUGCUUACAGAAUAAUGAGAGAGAGAGAGAGAGAGAGAGAGAGAGAAGGUAUGGAGUAGCAUCAGAGGGUACUGUACACCUACACCUACCUACCUACCUACACUAGCUACAGUAGAGCAUCAAACAUGCGCUCCGUUCCGUCUACACCCCAGCUAGCUUACUUCUUACUGAUUAAGGGAACUUAGUUCUGCACCCGACCCUUAGCCUUUCUUGAUGGCGGCGGUAAGAGACGAUUCGUGAAAGGCGGAGAGCUCAAGCCUCUUUGGCGAGAAAAACGUCCCGAAGCCCACACCAGACCCAAACAAGGUUAGCGGGGAGAAAAAGGCCAGGGGGAGUUGAGCAGUAAACCAACAGCCAACAGUCUCUUCUUACUACCUACCUAAGUUCUCCAUAAUACAAUAAACCAAGCAGCAGCAGCAGCAGCAGGUAGAGUGGCUGCAGAACAGGGGAAGCCAUCUUUAAACUUUUUUCUUUCAAUGAAGCAUGAUGAGAUUCAAGGAUCGUGGGCUAUAUUUACCCCACAAGUAUCUGUGUUAUUCAAUUUUUGUAGUGUUGUCUGCCUUAGUCCCUACGGUAGGUAGGUACAGAUCUGGUGAAUACAGCCUACUGCGGAU